CCACCCGUUGGGUUCAUCUUCGACAUAGACGGCGUCCUAUUAAGAGGCUCUGAAGUACUUCCGGAGGCUAAAGAAGUCUUUCGUAUUCUCAAUGGCGACAAUCGCUUUAGUGUGAAGUUGCCCUACAUCUUCCUUACCAAUGGCGGCGGGGUCAGUGAAGCCGAUCGCAGUCGGAAGCUAACGAAGCAGUUCGGGAUUUCCCCCGACCAAAUCGUUCAAGCCCACACAAUCCUGACCUCUCCAGAUCUCGUGGAGAGGUAUGCAGAUGCCCCCGUACUUGUUCUUGGUGGUAUCAAUGAUGUAUGCCGUAAAGUCGCAGAAGGCUAUGGCUAUAAACACGUAUACACUCCCUUGGACAUCAAGGCCGCUUUACCAGAUAUCUGGCCAUUCUACUCGCUCAGCCCCGAAGAACGUGCGUCGGUGAAGCACUUUGACCCCAGUACGCGCUUCGGGGCUGCAUUUGUCUUCCACGAUCCUCGAAACUGGGGAAUGGACACUCAGAUCCUUCUGGACAUCGUCCUUGGGUCGGGGAGCAUCACUGGGCCUAUCACAAGACUUAGAGCCUCGGAACCUGAGAGAUUCCCUGUCUACUUCUGCAAUCCCGAUCUCCUUUGGCGGUCAAGCUUCCCUCGGUCUCGCCUAGGACAAGGCGCAUUCAUCCACACGUUGCAGAACAUCUAUCACCAGUACGGCAUCACCGAGCCUCAUUACGAGGCGACGAUCUUCGGAAAGCCAACAAGCGCGACAUUCAAAUUUGCGGCGCGCGUCAUGGACAAUCGCGUGCAGAGCCUGGUAGGACUUCAAGUUCAGAAGGACGAGCAACCGACGCUUUCGGUUGUUUACGUCGGACUUGCAGAUAUUUGUGGUGCCAAUGCGGCUUCCAUCCGGUCGAUCCUCGUGCACACCGGUGUGUAUGACCCCGCCAAUGGGCCGCCUCGUCAUACCCCUUGGCGCCAAGCUCCUCAUGUCCUGGAAGCGGUGACAAUCGCAAUCGACGAGGAGUAUCGCCGUCUUGGUUCCUCUUGA